AUGCCUUAAUGUGCUAAAUGUAAUAACGAUACUUCUUGUAGUUCUUGUUUUGAUGGCUAGUAUUUAAAUAUAGAUAAUUGUUAAAAUUGUGGUAUUGCGUAAUGCUAAAAAUGUAAAGAUGGAAUUUCUUGUGAUUUAUGUUAAAGUGGAUAUUUUUAUAACAAUUCUUAAUGUAUUUCUUCAUGCCCAAAAGGAAAAUAUGCAGAUGCUUCAACAAGAAUUUGUUAGGAUUGUAAUAGUAAAUGUGCAACUUGUUCUAAUGCAACCGAUUGCGAUACAUCUUGCUUAUUUAAAUGUGCAACCUGCUCUAAUGCAACCAAUUGCGAUACAUGUUUUGGGAAUAGGGUUGUAACUACUUGUGAAUGCCCUGCUUAUAGCUAUAAUAAUUUGAAUUACAGAUAAGCUUGUAUCGAAUGCUCUACUAUAUCUAUUGGAUGCUCUACUUGUAAUGCUACUACAUGCUAAGCAUGUUUAUCGCCGAAUUUUUUAGAUGGUAAUUCAUGUGUAAUAACCUGUCCUGCAGGUAAAUGGCCAAAUACGGCAAACAAAUAAUGUACAGCUUGCUUAUUUAAAUGUGCAACCUGCUCUAAUGCAACCGAUUGCGAUACAUGUUUUGGGAAUAGGGUUGGAACUACUUGUGAAUGCCCUGCUUAUAGCUAUAAUAAUUUGAAUUACAGAUAAGCUUGUAUCGAAUGCUCUACUAUAUCUAUUGGAUGCUCUACUUGUAAUGCUACUACAUGCUAAGCAUGUCUAUCAACGCAUUUUUUAGAUGGAAAUUCAUGUGUAAUAGCCUGUCCUGCAGGUAAAUGGGGAAAUACGGCAAAUAGAUAAUGUACAGCUUGCUUAUUUAAAUGUGCAACCUGCUCUAAUGCAACCGAUUGCGAUACAUGUUUUGGGAAUAGGCUUCCUUAAUAAUGUGAUUGUCCUUAAUAUUCUUAUGAUCCUAAUAUUUUCAAUUAAGCCUGUACUAUAUGUUCUACUUUUUCAGCUGGAUGUGUUACAUGCAGUUCAACGGAAUGUCUUACAUGCCAAACUCCUUAAUAUUUUUAAUUAAACUAAAAAUAAAAUAAUGCGAUUCAUGCUUAAAUAUAAUGA